UUGAGUUGGUCAUAUUAAGCUAACGGCUGCAUCACCUUUAGCUCCCUGUGUUUGGGGUUCACUUCCCGUUUUAGUGAUAGUACGAUCAUUAAUUAGAAAAUGGCUCUGCUAACGCCUUUAUUUGCUUUCCUGUAUCACCUGCCGCAGGUGUACAAGUGGCUGCUGAAGCCCUACUAUGUAGCUUCUCUCUUUAUGUCUGUAGCCUUUCUAGCUGUCCGCAAGACGCCUGGCAUCUGUGACCAUCUGGCCACACAGCGAGAGGACGGCAACUCCUGCGACUUCGACUGGAGAGAAGUGGAGAUUCUCAUGUUCCUCAGUGCCAUCGUCAUGAUGAAGAACAGAAGAGCAAUAACGGUGGAGCAGCAUGUGGGCAACAUCAUCCUGUUCAGCAAAGUGGCCAAUGUCAUCCUGUUCUUCAGACUGGACAUCAGGAUGGGAUUGCUCUACCUGACACUCUGCAUAGUGUUCCUGAUGACCUGUAAGCCUCCACUUUACAUGGGACCAGAGUACAUCAAAUACUUCAGCGACAAAACCAUCGAUGAUGAGCUGGACAGAGACGGUCGUGUGACAUGGAUUGUUGAGUUUUUCGCCAACUGGUCUCCAGAGUGCCAGUCCUUCGCUUCUGUCUAUGCUGAUCUCUCUCUCAAGUAUAACUGUGCCGGCCUCAAGUUUGGCAAAGUGGACAUCGGACGUUAUGGAGAGGUUUCCAAGAAGUACAAGGUGUCGACGUCUCCGCUGUCCAAGCAGCUCCCGUCUCUGGUGUUGUUCCAGGGAGGGAAGGAGGUGAUGCGACGCCCCCAGGUGGACAAGAAGGGGAGAGCCGUGUCAUGGAGCUUCACUGAGGAGAACAUCAUCCGAGAGUUCAACCUGAAUGAACUGUACCAGAAAUCCAAGAAACUCAGCAAGACAAAAGAAGACAAAGUCGGCCAGUCCCAGUUCCCACCAGUCCCAGAGGAAGAGGAGCCAGAGCAGCAGAAGGAAGAGUCCGAGUCCAAGAAGGACAAAUAGGACGUUUUGUUUCACUCAGCUUCAACGUCUGGACGGAACUUUUGAGUCCAGGUUAGCUCCUCCACCCCCUCUUUGCGGUCCUCCUCUAAGUGUUCAGUUUAUUCCCUCAUAGAUCAGCACAGCACUGGAGUCAGUGUGGAUCACUGACCGAGAUGGACUUGAUUGAGAGUUCAGCCUCUUUUCAGCACCAUUUACACUAAACCUCCUUUAAACCCAGUAUUUCAACACAUGUGCAGCUACAGUGACCUCGGUCUGUUUUAUCUUUUUAGACCUGAGCUGAGAGAAUAGGUGUACAUGUUAGUGGAGAAGCAAACUGAGAUGCAGUAAACCAGCUGAAGAGGGCUGUAACUCUGUAAAGUGGAAAUGUGCUGUGCUGACCUGCUGUGUUUGUCAGGUUGUCAGCGUCGACACAGCACAUUUCUGAAGCUGUGAAGUCUGAGAGAGUCCGUUAAGUUCCUACUAAUUAACACUGAGGGAGCAAAGAAUGUGAUGUUACUUUUAUUGAUUUAGAUUUUUUACGCAACUAAUUUAAUUCUGAGUAGAUGUUUCUGUUGAAAUCAUUUAAUGACAAACCGUAUAUUCAUGUUAACUAAGUUCUAACUCUGGUUCACACACGUGUGUGUGUGUGACGUAGAAUUCAUUUUGCAGUGUUAAAUGUUCCUCUUGACACAAUAUGGGAGCACUUGUUUAACAUCACCACAUCUGCAUGAGACAGGUGGAGUUAGUCAAGUUUACUUAUAGCUGGACAGCAUCUCCAUUCAUCUCCACAGACUGUGCUGUUGUGGACAGAAGCUCUGCGCCACUGUCAUUCAAACUUUCCUGACAAAAACAUUCCAGCGAUUCAAUUCACUUUAUUAUUUUUUUUUACAGAUUCCUUCUGUCCUUUGUUGUUACUUUUUUAAAAUUCAUAUUCAUUGUAUUUGUGUAUUGGACAGAGAUGAACACGUCUUCAGCUGUCAGUUGUUAUGUCCAUGUUCAUGCCAUGACGCACAUUUUCUUAUUUGAAGGUUUUAUACUGAUUUGGUACCUAAGGUCUUAUGAUGAUAAUAAUAAUAUAAUAAUUAAAAACUAAAUCAAGUUACAGCCUGUGUAUCUACAGUGUAGUUCCUUAUUGGUUGUCACUAACAAGGUACCUUUUUAUGUUUUUAGCUGUGCUUGAGCUUCAACCUGCACUCUGUGUUUUUUCUCAACCUCUGUGGGUCAGGCUCUGUUUGGAGCUCCCAAAAUUCCCAUGAGCUCUGCAAGUAGAAGGAAGUCAAGAUGGUAUGUGAAUCUGAACAUAGCAGUUUAUUUGUAUUUUAUUUGAUUGUAUGAGCUCGGCAGACACUGUUUUGUAUGAACUUAAGAACAGGCAGCUUUAUGCUCCUGCCGUACGGUCCAAUCCACCGGACACUACCUGGGGCUCGUGCUGAAUGUAACCACAGAACCCCCAGUUGGUUUAGUCCAAUAAAGUUUAUUCAAACAAGA